AUGGUCUCAACUUCGGGUCGCGUGCUAAUCCUAGCAUUCUUCGCGGCACUGGUGGCCCUUGCCUACUCGGACGACAAUAAGGAUUAUGAGCGCUUUAACUCCUUGCUGAUUGGGUCCAAUGAGGUUCCAAAGAAUAACACCGAGGCUGCCAGAAACGCUGUCGGCGACAAACGCGGCAUGGUCCACCUGAAGCUCAAGAUCUACAAGGAGGAUGGCAAGCCUGCGUGGCUGGAAUAUUCGGUGAAAGCGUUGAAGCUGGAAGGCGAGAUGCCGCCAACAAAGACGCACAUACACCCGGGGAACAAGGGGCAGAACAAUCCAGUGCUGCUGGACCUGCCGUGCUCGUACGAGAGGAGGAGCCGCACCGACUGGCGUUGCAAGGGCUCCCUUGGGAAGAACGAGCACGAACGCACCAACGACCUGGUGUCAGCACUCAAAGAUAUCUCCAAGAAUCCUAAGGGGCACUAUGGGAAUAUUCACACGAAAAACCUCAACGUGACUAUAUACGAGGCGUUCCUUGCGGCGGCGCUGGUCGCGAAUGCCUACGCCGCUGGCUCCAGAAGAGACGCUCCCUUUUCUACUGACGCCAUCGAAGCCACCCUGUUGGGCAAGCUUGAGGUUCCCAAGCAUGGCUCCAAAGCUGCCAGGAACGCCGUGGGCGACCCAAGCGGAUUCGUGAAAAUGAGACUGGAUAUCCACAUGGAAAAUGGCCAGCCAGCGUGGCUCGAGUACAGACUGGCAGCUUUUCACAUGCAGGGCAAGAUGCCGCCGACCAUGACGCAUGUGCACAAAGCAACAGCGGGAUUGAACGGUCCCAAGGUGCUGGAUCUGCCAUGCGAAUACCAAUUCGAAAAGGAUAAUGGUAUCUGGCUAUGCAGUGGCGUGCUUGGGAAGGUAAUGGCAGAACGAACAACGAAGCUUGUGUCGACUUUCAAGGCAAUUCGGAAGAAUCCAAGGGGGUUCUAUGGGAACAUUCACACUCUCAGGUAUCCAGAUGGCGCAGCGCGCGGGCAGUUAAGCAAAGCUGCUGAGGAGGGGGUACGCUUUGAUUUGUGGUGGGAAACACUGGGAUAG